AUGGACCAGGGGGUGAUUGCCACCUUCAAGGCCUACUAUCUCCGCCGCACAUUCCAUCAGCUGAUUGAACACAUGGACCGCGAGGACAAGCAGUCAGUGUUGGACUUCUGGAAGCAGUUCCACAUCAUGAAGGCUGUCUCCAACAUUGAUCUUUCCUGGAAGGAGCUGACACAGCAGUGCCUCAAGGCUGUGUGGAAAAAGAUCUGGCCAGAGCUGUGUGAGGAUGUGCAACUACCAGAGCCCAUCAUAGCGGAGAUAGUUGACCAUGUUACCACGGCUGGACUAGGAGACACAGAUGCUCAGGACAUUGAGCAGUUAGUCCAGGCUUAA